AUGACAAGUAUUUCAAUAAAAAUAAAACAUGGUGCAGAAUAAAUAGAAGUAAUAGAAAUAGAUCCUAAUGCAACGGUAAAAGAAUUAAAAGAGAAGCUAACAACAAAAUUUAAUUCAGAACCUUCUACAAUGAAAAUUAUAUUUUAAGGUAAAAUUCUAAAAGACAUUGAUGUUCUUUCAGGUGUGAAUGUAAAGGCAGAUUCAACAAUGCAUUUAGUUGUUGCUAAAUGUAUAAAAUAAAUAAUUAUAGAUAAGCUUAAUAACCACCAUAAUAAGCUCCAUAAUAAUAACCAUAAUAAUAACCAGUUGGAGGAUAAUAAGGUCUUGGAGGCAUGGGAGGUUAAGGAGGUAUGGGAAAUAUGGGAGGUUUUGGUGGAAUGGGUGGUUUUGGUGGUAUGGGUGGAUUAGGUGGUAUGGGUGGAUUAGGUGGAUUUGGAGGAAUGGGUGGUAUGGAUUAAUAAAUGAUGAUGUAAAUGUUAUCAAAUCCUGCGUAUCAAGCUCAAAUAUAAGCUGUAAUAAAUUUAUUUUUACAUAUUAUAGGUGAUGCAAAAUCCAUAAAUUAGAUAACAAAUAUUGUCACAUCCUAUGAUAGCUUAAAUGUUAUAGGCUAAUCCAUAACUUUAAUAAGUAUUUGAUAAUCCUUAACUAUUAUAAAUGAUGAUGAAUCCUUAAGCACUUUAAAUGGCUAUGUAAGGAAUGGGAGGAAUGGGUGGUUUUGGUGAUUAAACAAAUCCUCCCAAUCCUAAUAAUGCUUAAGCUCCACCUGUUUCAGGAAAUUAAAAUGCUUAAAAUCCUUUUGGUAGUCUAGAUUUGUAAGCUAUGAUAAAUAUGAUGGGAGGAGGAGGUAUUAUUAUUAUCUUAAAUAAAAUAGUUGGAUUAGGAGGUCCCUAAUUAUCAACUUAAGCUGCAGAAUAAAAAUAUGCUACUUAAUAAUAAUAAUUAUAAGAAUUAGGAUUUACUAAUAAAUAAGUUAAUUUAGAAGCUUUAAUUGCAACUGGAGGAAAUGUCGAGGCUGCUGUUGAUAGAAUCUUAAAUAUGAUAGGUCCAUCAUGAU